AUGGUUGCUGCCGCGACAAGAAUAAAGAUUCGACAAGAGAUCUCCACGACGAUGGAUGGAAAGGUUGUCUCUUGGGGCAACAAUUACUUCGGUCCAGCCGUGCCUGCUGCACCUGCUGCAGCAUCGGUCAACCUUCCUCGCCGCUCAGAGUCUUCGGCGGGCCGAGUCCGCCUGCAGGCUCGAGAUGCUGCUGUCCCACGAGGCCACAACAUUAGUGACUUGAUCGACUUUGUUAGAUCUGGUCCUCAGCUUGACAAGGAGAAUUCCGGGAGCUUACACACUCGAGUAUACCCGCAGAAACCUCUCGUUUUGAUCCUAUCAAUAUGA